AUCAAACAAAAUUCACUAUCUAUUUAUUAGCCUCUCACAAUAGAAAAGGCUCCAGUCUAAGCUACUGACAAUGGGGGUUUCUUUAACAUUACCUGGAGCGAUUCUUCGUUUCUCGUUGUCAAUAAUGUGCUUCCUUCUUCAUCUGGCCUCUGCAACUGCAAGCAAUGCAGGUGCCAUAACUAGGCAUUACGAGUUCAACAUUAAGCUGCAAAAUGUGACACGGCUGUGCCACACCAAGAGCAUUGUGACAGUGAAUGGGAAAUUUCCUGGUCCUCGGAUUGUAGCUAGAGAGGGCGAUCGUCUGCUCAUUAAAGUCAUUAAUCAUGUUCCAAACAACAUCUCUAUCCACUGGCAUGGAAUUCGACAGCUUAGAAGCGGUUGGGCAGACGGUCCUGCAUAUAUAACACAGUGCCCCAUACAAACCGGCCAGAGCUAUGUUUAUAACUACACCAUUGUUGGGCAAAGAGGAACUCUCUUCUGGCAUGCUCAUAUUUCAUGGCUCAGAUCGACCCUUUAUGGUCCUAUUAUCAUUCUUCCCAAGCUCAAUGUGCCUUACCCAUUCCCCAAGCCCCACAAAGAAGUUCCCAUCAUAUUUGGAGAGUGGUUCAAUGCUGAUACUGAAGCCAUUAUAACCCAAGCUCUACAAACUGGUGGAGGCCCUAAUGUUUCUGAUGCUUAUACAUUUAACGGACUACCUGGACCUCUGUACAACUGCUCCUCCAAAGACACAUUCAAGUUGAAGGUGAAGCCAGGAAAAACAUACCUCCUGCGAUUUAUCAAUGCUGCACUCAAUGAUGAACUCUUUUUUGGCAUAGCAAACCAUAGUCUCACAGUUGUUGAAGUAGACGCUAUUUAUGUGAAACCAUUUGAGACGGAAACAAUUCUACUUACCCCUGGACAAACAACCAAUGUUCUUCUAAAGACCAAACCCAACUAUCCAGAAGCUUCUUUUCUCAUGACUGCUAGACCUUAUGUUACUGGCUCUGGCACAUUUGACAACUCCACAGUUGCCGGAGUUCUUGAGUACAAAGGAUCUUCUCAUCAUUCGACGAAGAAACUUCCCCUUUUCAAACCAACCUUACCUUCCCUCAAUGACACAUCUUUUGCCGCUAACUUCUCCAAAAAACUCCGUAGUUUAGCCACAGCUCAAUUCCCCGCUAAUGUGCCUAAGAAAGUGGACAAGCAAUUUUUCUUCACAGUUGGCCUUGGAACAAGCCCUUGUGGUCUGAAAAACCAAACUUGCCAGGGUCCAAACGGAACCAGAUUCGCAGCUUCCAUCAACAACAUAUCAUUUAUACAGCCAACAACAUCUCUCCUUCAAUCUCACUUUCUGGGUCAAUCAGAUGGAGUUUAUAAACCUGAUUUCCCUGUCAGUCCUCUGCAGUGGUUUAACUACACCGGAAACCCUCCGAACAAUACUCUAGUGAGCAAUGGCACUAAGCUUAUGGUUCUGCCAUUCAACACAAGUGUGGAGCUGGUCAUGCAGGAUACAAGCAUUUUAGGAGCAGAAAGCCAUCCACUUCAUCUGCAUGGCUUCAAUUUCUUUGUCGUCGGGCAAGGCUUUGGGGACUACAAUCCGAAUGUAGACCCCCGAAGCUUCAAUCUUGUGGAUCCUGUAGAACGUAACACUGUUGGCGUUCCCUCUGGCGGAUGGGUUGCUAUUCGGUUCCUAGCCGAUAACCCAGGGGUGUGGUUUAUGCAUUGUCAUUUGGAGGUUCACACGAGCUGGGGUUUGAAGAUGGCAUGGCUUGUUUUAGAUGGAAAGCUUUCCAAUCAGAAACUACUACCACCUCCUGCAGAUCUCCCCAAGUGUUAAUUGCAAGUGAUAUAGACCGGGGCUUCAAAGAUUUUACUGACGAGAUUCUAUUUCUUGUUUUCUUGUUUUGAGUUUUUCAACAAUGUCAUCUUAGACCUUGUUAGCUCACAAUUAAUAACCGCGAGAACUGGAAUUACUUUUUCUUUCUUUUUCUGAUUUCUGUAACAUUCAAAAACUGGACAAGUUUAUGGAAGAGAUUACAAUAAGAAGUGAUGGAGGAGUUUCUGUCAUA